AAUGCAAGGGGCAGGAAAACUACGGCCCUCCGCUUGAGAACGGCACUGCGUACAUAUCUCGCUAUAGCAUCUCCAUAUUCGCGUUGUGUUCGUAUUUGCUCCUUCCUUGUAAUCAUCCGAUCCUACUUCUAAGAAGUGUAUCGACAGAACCAGUGCAUCAUUCAGCUACUUACUCAAGAUUUACUUUGACCUACUAACUAGAAUCAAAAGUUUGAGUCUUCAGGUUCAGGCGCCGAGCCUAUGGACUUGAGGAGUGUGUCGC